GGAGAUGCAGUCACAUGAUUCUUGUGCGGUUUAUAGUCAGUUUAAAACCCGUGACUCUGUUGCCUCACUUCUAACUUCAAUAAAUUUAUACACAGCGUGUUGGUGCAACCUGGACAGAAAAUCGCGUGUAUAUACAUAUACAAAACAAGACCUCUAGCAGCACUAGAAUUUAGUUUUGCUUUGGAGCACAAACCACUUCGAUCCACACACAGUUCAUGUGAUCCAAUUUUACCCACGGGACUCCAGUUUAUGGGCACGCAUCUAAGGCUAACAAUACUUAUUUUGACAAUAACAGCCAUUAAUGCAGCUUCACUCGCAAGUGUUCACUUAAAAUUUGUCUCACCUCCUCACACAUUUGAACAUGGAUAUGUAACUGACGGAGGAACCACCUUAAUGCAAAAGUCAUUUCUAUCGAUUGGCAGAAGAAGUCCAAGAAAAUUCGGAGAACGAAUUCAAACUAAUGGAAUACACAGCAAUCGUCUUUAUGUGGAAGAACGUCCCAAUAAUAUAAAACCCGAGAGUGCUGAAUUUUUGUGGCCACAAGGAGUUUUUCAAGCUCCAACUAAUAUAAAUGAUCUUGGAUACAGUUCACAAGAGUCUGGACAUAGAACGCCUGAUUUCUCAGAUGGAACUCAAUAUCCUGAUCCUUAUCUUUUAACUGGUGAACAAGCGAAACGAGCAGUAAUGUUUCUUUACGGACGUGGAGAACUUUUUUUGACUGAUUAUCCACAUACGAGAGCUCUACUGAGAAAUCAGGAAGAUAGAAUACGAAAUGGCUUAUCGACACAUAUAUUGAGUAGUAUUAGACCGCAAUCUCCUUUUUAUAAAAAAAUGUCGCACAAUAUUAAUUACUGAACCAUUAACAAAUGUAUUGUUACUUUCCUGUCACACAACGAAUUUUCAAUUUAUAAAACUAAUGAAUACACUAAUAUAAAACUAAUAUUUGAAAAAAUUGAACUAAUUUUUAAAAUAUUAAAAUAAAAAAUUUAUAUUAAAUUA